AGGACCCAAAUCGCCUCUUUCUUCUUUGUUCUCCACUACAGCACGGCUUAUAUUCACGUCGGUUCUAGUACUUUCCGCAUGUGCUUCUCCACCGGCCGUUUGCGGCAAGUUGUUUAGUACUGCUACUGUACCCUAGAGUCGCUUUGAAUAAAUGAAUUGAUGUUAAAUUAGUAACGAUCACACUAUGCCAAUCGACGCCCUGUUUGUUAGUCACGGGGGUGGGCCGCUCCCGCUCCUCGGCGACCCAAACCACGCCGAACUUGUUGCCACACUGGAAAAACUCGGAGAGAAGCUACGCGAGGAGCAGACGGCGAGGACAGCAAAUCCAAAUGAUCCGCCCCCAAUAAAGCCGAUCGACGUAGUCGUUCUCAUCUCCGCGCACCAUGAGGAAGCGGUUUGCACGGUGCAAGCGGAGCAGGGGGACAGUGGAAGGGGAUCGGUAGUGGAGAAAACUACAUUACCUGGAGCUAUCGACAGCGACAAGAACCAUCAUCCACCUCCCCUCCUCUACGACUACUACGGCUUUCCUCCCGAAGCAUACAACGUUUCCUUCCCCGGUUCAUUCCGGGGCGCGAGUAUUGCGGAGGCGGAGGAGAUUCGGGCAAUUUUGGAACAAGAGGAAGCGACAGGAGAUCAUCCGAAUUUCAAAGUCGUCGUCGCGCCACCUAGCCGGGGGUUCGACCAUGGGGUCUUCGUGCCCCUCAAAGUGAUGAAGUUUUCCGAAGCGAUUUCGCGUUUUUCCAAAAAUGGUGGAGAGCAGAAACAGAAUGAGCAGAAACAGCACGAGGACCACGUCCUCAUCGUGCAAGUUUCUCUUCUGAAAGAUCUGUCCCUCGAAUCCCACGCGUCACUUGGAAGACGAUUGGGUAGGCUGCAAAACGUGUUUCUGGAGAAGAAGCAGAAGAGAGUUCUGAUCCUCGGCUCGGGGAUGAGUUUUCAUAACAUGCAGGCUUUUUUCUCCUCAUCGAGGGAGAAAUUGAAAUGGAAAGAAACGAGCGAGAAGAUGCAGGAAGAGCUGGUAAAGGCGGUGCGGGAGCAUAUGAGGUUGACCACAGAAGCAGAACUAGAUCCAGCAAGAAGUACCGAGAAGUGGUCGCAACAUGAAGCUUGUCAAGAAGAAAACUGGAAAUCGCUUUUCCGCCAGCCGCUUGUCAAGGAAUCGCACCCGCGUUUAGAGCACUUACUGCCCCUCGUGGUCACUUGUUUUGCGGCGGGGUGUCGCGGGAAAAGCGGGAAGCAAGUUUCAAUCGAGGAGUUUUCGGGCGGGUUAAUGGGAGGGCUAGUGUUUGGACAUUGGGUUUUUUCGAGUUCUUGUGCCGCUUGA